UACGGAUUAGUCAAGCGGCGCCAUGUGUGUCUGUCAGGCUGGUACGUGGGCUCGGGUGUGAAGUCCGAAAGGCGGCGGCGGGAACGCACUCGGCUUGUCGCCGACCCGCCUGGCCAACUCCUGAGGGCCGAGGGAUCGCUGCGGGUGGCUGGUGAUGAAAGUGUACGGCUGUCGAGGGGAGAAGGCUGUCUUUUAUGUUACGUACGCCUUGGGUCACUUGCAAAGUUUGCAGCAGCGGCGUGUGACAGCCCGGCAUUUAAAGGCUUAGUAGCGACAAUUCUUCAGGAGUAUGGCCGGCGAAAGUGUCCAUACGGACCGGGACCGCCAAUACUGCGAGCUCUGCGGAAAGAUGGAGAAUCUGCUUAAGUGUGGUCGCUGCAGAAACUCUUUCUACUGUAGCAAGGAGCACCAAAAACAGGACUGGAAGAAACACAAGCUGGUGUGUAAGGAGGCGGAGUGUUGGCAGAGCACGAGCGAUGGAAAGGGCAAGCCUGCUGGACCGGAGGAAGGGAGUGCGGAGCGGGCACACCAUCGUGCCACUCCUCCUGAGAGCUCGGGUGGCAGCGCUCUUCGGCCCGUCAGCAAUCACCUUAAGCCCAAUGGUCAGACGAGAACUCAUCCCCAGAAACUGGCCAUGGAGUGCAUCGUGCCCUCUAUGAACAAGCACGGCAUCUGCGUGGUGGACACGUUUCUAGGAGAUGAGGUUGGUGACAGCAUCCUCAGAGAGGUGAAAGCCCUCUACCAGACAGGCAGGUUUACGGAUGGCCAGCUAGUCAGUCAGAAAAGCGAUUCAUCCAAGGACAUCCGGGGAGAUAAAAUCACCUGGAUCGAGGGUAAGGAGCCUGGCUGCGAGAAAAUCAGCUUUCUUAUGAGCCGCAUGGACGAUCUCGUCAGACACUGUAACGGCAAGUUGGGCAGCUACAAAAUAAACGGAAGGACGAAAGCCAUGGUGGCAUGCUAUCCAGGCAAUGGAACAGGAUAUGUGCGCCAUGUAGACAAUCCAAAUGGAGAUGGGAGAUGUGUCACAUGUAUAUACUAUCUUAAUAAAAACUGGGAUGCAAAGGAGCAUGGCGGUCUGCUUCGUAUUUUCCCAGAAGGUAAAGCACAGUUUGCUGACAUUGAACCCAAGUUUGAUAGAUUGCUUCUGUUUUGGUCUGAUCGGAGAAAUCCCCAUGAAGUUCAGCCAGCAUAUACUACAAGGUAUGCAAUAACUGUAUGGUAUUUUGAUGCAGAGGAAAGAGCAAAAGCUAAAGAAAAAUACUUAACAGCUUCUGGAGAAAAGGGUGUAAAGGUGGAGCUCAACAAGCCUCCAGAUAUGAAUCUGAAAGAAGUCUGAUGACUGGCACUUCAUCUUUCUUUCCAAUGUCUGGAGAAAAACAAACAUAAUCAGAAAAUUUGUGGAAGUAAGCAACAUCCAGUUGUGUGCACACAGGGGAAAAUGCACUGUUCAUUUCAGUGUGGCAGAGCCAUUGACCUUGAAUGUUACCAUAUAUGUGAAGAAAGCUAAUCUAAGAGCCAUUUUAAUUUUGUUUCUUUUUAAUCUUUUAUAUUUUCCAAAAACUACCAUUACCAAAAUAUGUUGUUUGUUUUAGUGGUGUUUACUAUUUAGUUUCCUUCUUUCAUCUACUUUAUACAAAGGUACAACAUACUGUAAACUGUAUUUUGUUUUGCAAAAGAUU